UUGACAUUUAGGGGAUAAAAUCACUUUUAAGGGGCGAAUGCAAGUUUCCCUCCUGCAGGGGGUUUUAUUCACUAACUGAAUGUUUCAGCUGCUGAGCAGAGCGGAGUGUUUAGUGAGCGUCUGUUCCUUUUUCAGCAUGUUUUAUUCGGCGGGAUGUUUCCCGAGACUGAUGCGCUGCGGCGUCCGAAGGAUGGGGAACUACACGUCCUCCACCGCUGGGGGUCUGACCAGCACGGGGUGUGUGCGCUUCGUUCAGGACGUGGUGUCACAGAACUGCGUCGUCAUCUUUUCCAAGACCACGUGUCCAUAUUGUAAAAUGGCCAAAAAUGUGUUCAAUGAAAUCGGUGCCAACUACAAGGUGAUAGAGCUGGACGAGCACAACGACGGGAGGAGCCUGCAGGAGGCCUUGGCCCAGGUGACGGGCGCCAGAACGGUUCCCCGGGUCUUCAUCAACGGGAACUGCAUCGGCGGCGGCUCCGACACCAAGCAGCUGCACCAGCAGGGCCGGCUGCGUCCGCUCAUUGAGCAGUGUGCCCCCUGCUGCUCCGGAGGAGCCGAGGGCUCGGGCAGCGGACACUUCCAAGCCUCACAAUGACUAACCGUUCUGCUGCUUUUUCUAAAUCCUAUUUUUGUUGAAUAUUCGCUCCUCCUCGUCCUACAUGCUUUAGAUUGCUUAAGCAUGACUAUGUCCUUUGUUUGCCAAAAUGCGAAACAUACGUGAUAUUUAUUUGUAUUUUUCUCUCACAAAGACGUCCAGCAUGUAUGAAACUUGAACCGUGGAAAAGACUUGUGUUUUGCCUCUUUGGUCGUCAUGGCUGUUUUAUGGAAGUAUAAAGCAGGGAAUGAAAAGCCUAAACGAAUGUGAACACUAUGCUUCUGAUUUAUUUCAUUUUAAUGGUAAAUGUGAACGUUUUUGCAAAGCAGAAGCACUUGGAUUUUGUAUGAUUAUGGAAAUAUUGUCUACGCUAUAUAUAUAUAUAUAUAUAUAUAUAUAUG